GCCGAACCCUUGAUUACCUCCAUGUAAGUUCUUCUAUCUCUGUCAACUCUCACUUCUCCGCCACCUGUUGCGACGAAACUAUCGCACCAGAGCUGACAAUCCACUCAAACACAGCAAUACGCCACCUACUUCACGCUCAUCGCAAAUCCUUUUUGCCCUCACAGUUCCAAAAUGGCCGACGCAGGACUCCCCGCUGGAGAUACCACUCCCGUUGAACACCUCAACAUCAAAGUGACCGAUAACAACAACGAAGUGUUUUUCAAGAUCAAGCGUUCGACGCAGCUCAAAAAGCUGAUGGACGCGUUCUGUGAGCGUCAAGGGAAGCAAAUUUCUACUGUCCGUUUCUUGUUCGACGGAACUCGUGUACGCCCGGAAGACACGCCAGAAACUCUGGAUAUGGCCGACGGCGAUACCUUGGAAGUUCACCAGGAGCAGAUCGGAGGUUAGGAGGCCCGUACCACGACUUGUGUUUCACUUCUUGUCACUUCCUUUUUUUUUCCUUCAUCCGUCGCAUUUUGAGACACACAGGCGCAAUGGUGUUAGCGUUGGCCCGGUCGGGCUUUAGCUGGGACGGGGUCGCCUACGGGCUUGAUUUAAGCUUAGAAAAGCUUAGACACGAGCGAACCAAAAUCAUGCUGGGCUGUGGAUAGGUUAUCUAAGUAUUACGAAUUAACUACUUACGACACAGUACUUC